AUGGCCACUGACUCCAAGACGAAGAAGAAUGGCUUCGAUCUGACGAAGAAUCCCGGCGAGGAAAAGCGGACCGUUCUCGGCUUCAUGGAGCGCUUGAAGGAAGCGAAGCCCGGCAGCAACGCUCCACAGCUGGGCAUAGCCUACCACACGGCGAUUAUCCAGCAGGGCAACAAGUCCUUCCACCAGUCGACAUUGACCGUCACUGCUAAAGACAAGGAUGGAGUUCCUUAUGCAUGGAGUGGGCGCGAGUUCCUCGGCCCUUUGGUAAGCAAGAAGAUGGAGGCAGAGCAUGCAGCGGCCAGAGCAUUCGUUGUGGACGCUGAAGUUCAGCGAACGGCCGCAAACCUGGGUCCCUCUUCCAAGCAAAGACAUUCCCAUCAGCGUAUGAAGGAACGGAUGCCGAUCUUAAAAGUAUUACGCCAAGCCAAGGAUUCUCGGAGGUUUAAUUAG